CACAUAUAGAGGGGCGAGAGGGCGCGGCUUGUCCAGACGCUCUUUGUCCAGACAACGACGAUGACGGCGACGACGACGAUCACGAUGUCGCCCAAGUUCCUGUUCCUUCUUGGAUCCCUGCUUCUGCUUGCCGGAACGCAGGUCAGGGCACAAGACGAUGAGGGAGGUGACGGGCUCGAUGCAAACGCUGAAGAAUUGUGCCAAGACAGGCCAGGAGACGAGUACUUCCGGUUGAGCGUCGAAGGAGACUGUCGUGAUGUUGUAAGAUGCGACAAAGCGACGGAGAUCGGCGUGACCAGAUUGGCCACCGUGCGAUGUCCGACAGGUUUGGCGUUCGACAUCGAGAGGCAGACGUGCGACUGGAAGACAAACGUGAAGAACUGCGAUCAGCUCGAGAAGCCACGUAAGGUCUUGCCCAUCCUGAGGACCGACGAACCGGUCUGCCCUGAAGGGAAACUGUCGUGCGGUAACGGCGAAUGCGUCGACAAGGAGCUCUUCUGCAACGGUAAACCAGACUGCAAGGACGAAUCCGACGAGAAUGCAUGCACCGUGGAGACCGACCCGAAUCGUGCGCCAGACUGCGAUCCGACUCAAUGCGUCUUGCCAGACUGCUACUGCUCCGCCGACGGUACCAGGAUCCCUGGCAACAUCGAACCGUCCCAGGUGCCCCAGAUGAUCACGAUCACCUUCAAUGGAGCCGUGAACGUCGACAACAUCGAUCUCUACGAGGAUAUCUUCAACGGGCAACGUCAGAAUCCCAACGGCUGCCAGAUCAGAGGCACCUUCUUCGUCUCCCACAAGUACACCAACUACUCGGCGGUCCAAGACCUCCAUCGACGCGGUCACGAGAUCUCCGUGUUCUCUCUGACCCACAAAGACGAUCCACAAUACUGGACCCAAGGUAGCUACGACGACUGGCUGGCCGAGAUGGCCGGCGCCAGGCUGAUCAUCGAGCGAUUCGCCAACAUCACCGACGGCUCCAUCAUUGGAAUGAGGGCUCCUUACCUCCGUGUGGGUGGCAACAAACAGUUCGAGAUGAUGGCCGAUCAGUUCUUCGUCUACGACGCCUCCAUCACCGCGUCCCUGGGUCGUGUGCCCAUUUGGCCGUACACCCUCUACUUCAGGAUGCCGCACAAGUGCAACGGAAACGGUGGCAAUUGUCCAUCACGGUCCCAUCCGGUCUGGGAGAUGGUGAUGAACGAGCUGGACAGAAGAGACGACCCGACUUUCGACGAAUCGCUCCCUGGUUGCCACAUGGUGGACUCUUGCUCGAAUAUACAGUCCGGUGAACAGUUCGGCAGGCUGCUCAGGCACAACUUCAACAGGCACUUCAACAGCAACAGGGCCCCGUUGGGUCUUCACUUCCACGCUUCUUGGUUGAAGAGCAAGAAGGAGUAUAGAGAGGAGCUGAUCAAGUUCAUCGAGGAGAUGCUUGCCAGGAGUGAUGUCUACUUCGUCACCAUGGUCCAGGUUAUCAAGUGGAUGCAGACGCCCACGGAGCUGUCAGCCCUGCGUGAUUUCCAGGAUUGGAAGGAGACCUGCGACGAAAAAGGACAGCCCUACUGUUCUUUACCUAACGCGUGCCCAUUGACCACCAGGGAGCUUCCAGGCGAGACCCUUCGUCUGUUCACCUGUAUGGAGUGCCCCAACUAUUAUCCGUGGCUACUCGACCCGACUGGCGACGGUUUCACCGCGAAUAAAAAAUGAGCAAUCGCGGACACGUGAUAUCGAUCGAUCGAGAGGCGCGUGACUUCGAGGAACACACGACGAUCGCAGAUACCGAGGUCCAGAGUUGGGUACUAUUCGAACAAAAUUUCGAAUAAAUUCUGCUUCAAACGAUAUAAAGAAUAGUAUCUUAUUCGAACGAAUCAACGAGAAACAGGGCGAAUCGAUGUGAAACAGUUGACUUAUACAUCGCAUUUAUUCGUCGUUGAGGCCUUUCGAAUUAAAAAUAAACCCUCAUUCGAACAAAUCUGGAUCGAAUAACGCUGCUCAUUGAAUCCUUAUUCGUUGUUCACGAAUAAAUUUUCGAGAAUUUACUCGUUAUUUGGAAUAAUAUUUUGCCCAAUUCUGGCGUGGUCGGUCAUUCCUGGAGAUAAACGCGCGGCAAACGUCUCGCGAACGCGAAAUCCCUUGCAGAGGACUGCUCGAGUCGAAUCCUGACGUGCAAUUUCAACGCUGGUACUCGGAAUUCGAAGAAUCCCCUUACGAGAAUCGAAGAUUGAAAACAGUGAUGGGACCGUGACAUGUUUUGAUGACGUCGAUGGUAUUGAAAUAAUACGAAGAAGAAGAAUUUAAUAUUUUAUCGAAUAAAAUAAUUCGGCUCAUAUAUUAGUAAACAAAAAUAAUUUGAUGCUUGAUACUAAAAUUAAUCGAUGUAGUACGAUUCUAUUUGUAUUGUAUUCAAUCCUAUAUUCAACUAUAUGUAUCAUUUUAUUAGUUAUUCAGUGAUUUGUUGUUUACUCUAUUUAAUAUAUUCCUUUAUCUUAGUUAUUCAAAAAUAUAGUGGACAAACAUUCACAAAGAAAUUAUAAUACAAACGAAGGUUCGUGUGAAUAAUUCCGCAACGGAAUAACGUAGCGAAUAAAUCGCUAUAUACAGUUUUCACACUUGUUGCUUAGACUAUAUUGACGCUAUAAGAACAUCAGCAAUGGCAAUUUAUUUGGAAACCUGUUUAAACGUAUCAAUAUUAAUAGCUAUUAUAUUAUUAAUUUGGAGACGACGAAUUCUGUUGAAAAAAUAAAAAUUUUCAAAUCGUAAA